CUAAAUAUGCAUGAGGCUGAGAUUUCAACUUUUUUUGUGACUGUCACUAAUAAGAAAAAGAGGGGAUCCCAACAUGUACUUACAACUAGCAGUUAGGCAAAGAUUAGCUUAAAUACCAUGGCUUGCAGUUGAACAGAUGGGAAGAGUUUGUUGUUAGAAACUCCCACUUUAUUUUGGAAAGACUGACACACCUUCGGGAAGUCUUUUUCCUCACUCAACUGUUUAAGGUCAGCUGGAAUGGCUUCUAAGCGUAGUAUUUUCAUCCUAGUGAAACAGAAAAGGCUCUUGUGAGUUACUGGAUUAGUGGCUACUCUGCUUCUAGAUGUCACGGACACUAAGCCCCAGACGUCAUGUGGAAGGGUAUGGCAGGCGCAAUAUCCGAAGCGUUCUGCCUUUGGAAGAAAAUGUUGAUUACUUAAAUGACAUUUUAGAAAGAUUCCGAAGAGAUGCAUUGCGUCGAAGAAGGGAAAUGCGUCCUGUUGAUGAAGUGGACAGAGGCCUUCCACAGCCUAUCGAGGUGAAUGCUGUUGAAUUCUAUUGCAAAGAUAAUGCGAAAGCUCACCACACCGACAGCUAUGACAUGCUUGAAGGGAAAGAUCCCUCGCCAGUUUUUCGGAGGGGAGAACCUUUCUAUCUUGGAAUACGCUUCAAUAGACCACUCGAUAUCCAUAUGGAUAAAGUCAGACUUCAUCUGACUUUUGGUCCAAACAAUCAAGUGGGUAAAGGGACAUUAGUUAUCUUGCCUGUAAUGGAAAAUAAAGCCUUUACUCUCGAUUCAUCUAAGUGGGAUAUCUGUAUGACACGCAAGGAAAGAUCUAUCGUUACCAUGCAGAUUCAAAUCCCAUAUAUGGCAGGAGUGGGUCUGUGGCGCAUGAAAAUAUUGUCCCAUAUCAAAGGAAACGAAGGAAAUCCCAAAACUUACGAAUGCAAAGAGAGUAUCUACAUACUGUUUAAUCCUUGGUGCAAAGAUGAUCCUGUCUAUAUGCCUGACAACAAAGGAAAACAGGAAUAUGUUCUAAGUGAUGUUGGCAAAAUUUAUAUGGGAUCUCAUAAAAAUCCUGUUGGACGUCCUUGGGUUUUUGGACAGUUUUCGGAUUCAGCUCUUCCAGCUAGUGUGUUUUUGCUGGAGAGAUCUGGACUGGAUUAUAAAUCGAGAGCAAAUCCAGUUAAAAUUGUUCGAGCCAUUUCUGCAAUGGUCAACAGUAAUGAUGACAAUGGUGUUGUCGUAGGCAACUGGGCGGGGAAAUAUGAAGAUGGAACAGCUCCUUGGAGUUGGACAGGAAGCGCAGCUAUUUUAGAGCAGUUUUUGUCCAGCGGGGGGAAACCUGUCCGUUAUGGUCAAUGCUGGGUCUUCUCUGGAGUGUGCACAACAGUGUGUCGCGCUCUUGGUAUUCCUUGUCGCAGUGUGACCAACUUCGUCUCCGCUCAUGACACCGAUGAUAGUUUGACAGUAGACAAAUAUUUUGAUGCAGAUGGUAAUGAUCUGGCUGAGUUCAAUGCAGAUUCCAUUUGGAAUUUCCAUGUUUGGAAUGAUUGUUGGAUGGCACGCCCUGAUUUACCAGCUGGUUAUGGUGGAUGGCAAGCUAUUGAUGCUACUCCUCAAGAAACAAGUGAAGGGGCAUUCCAAGCCGGCCCAGCUUCUGUAGUAGCUAUCAGAAGAGGAGAAAUUAGUUACUUGUAUGAUGCUCCUUUCGUUUUUGCUGAAGUGAAUGCAGAUAUAGUACAUUGGCAAAUUGAUGAAGAUUCUGACUUUGGAUGGAGGAAACUUAAAACCAAUACUUAUCAUGUUGGAAGACUAGUUGUGACAAAACGAGCAGGCUACGACGAUGAAAGCGGAAACAACGACAUGGAAGACAUUUCGAGUGAAUAUAAAUCUAAAGAAGGAUCUAUGGAGGAACGCAUGGCUGUUUUAAAUGCUGCUAGAAGAGGAGGUCUCACUCAUAUUUAUGAUAUGCCAUCACCAGGCAAAGAAGACGUCUUGUUUACUCUCCUUGACAUUGAAAAGGUUCAAAUUGGACAACCUUUUCAUGUAAUUGUCAAAGUGGAAAAUAAAAGCGAGGAGACCAGAACUGUUACCUCAGUUUUGUCAGCCAGCUCCGUCUACUAUACUGGAAUAAUAGCAAGAAAAGUAAAAAGAGCAAGAGGUGUAUUCACUUUGAAGCCUAGGCAAAAGGAAGAACUUGGCAUCGAAGUAACCUUUGACGACUAUUUUGAUAAACUUGUUGAUUAUGCUAUGCUGAAAAUUUAUGCUAUAUCUACAGUCAAAGAAACACAGCAGACCUGGGCAGAAGAAGAUGAUUUUCAAGUUGAAAAACCGCCUUUGAAAAUAGAGGUUGAAGGCCCUCUUCAAGUGUACAGGCGCCUGAAUGUCAAAGUUUCCUUCACGAACCCUCUGAAUAGGAAAUUAGAAGACUGUGCUAUUACUAUUGAAGGCCCAGGAUUAGCUGAGCCUCAUCGAUCAUUUCUAAAGGAUGUGGAACCUCGAGGUGUCAUGACUCAUGUGGAAACACUGAUUCCAAGAAAGAGUGGUCCACGGAAGAUCACCGCAAUAUUUACUUCUCGCCAACUGAUUGAAGUUCUUGGAACCAAACAAAUUGUGAUUCAAGAUUAAAAGAUUACAUAUUUACAGAACAUGCACUUUCUUAGUCAAGAAAUGGAAUAUUUGUAACUCAAAUGCUUUAUAGAACAUUUUAUACAUGCAAUACUAUAAGCACAUACUCAUGUAAUUCUCGAAAUAUAAAAUAUUUUUAUGAAGAUGA